GGAAAGUGACUCAUACUAAGUCUUGUGACACCUGGGGAGAUCAUAUCUCUCAUCGCCGAGACGACGACAACAGUUAUCGGAAAGUUAGAAGGCGAGCGCAGCCUAAUCUGGUUGUCACGGCAAACCCAACCAUGGGUCUGAAGGUAGCUACGCUGUUGCUGCCGCUGCUGCUGCUGCUGCACAGUCGCGGUGCGGAAUGUGCGCCGGUGUCCCACAGUCGCCAGGACAACGGGCUGCGGCAGUGCCGGGCCGGUGGCAUGACCGUCCCGGCGCUGGAGGUCCUGCCCGGCGGGGGCUGGGACAACCUGCGGAACCUGGACAUGGGCCGGGUGAUGAACUUCAGCUACUCGCUGUGCCUGACCACGGAGGACGGGGCCUACCUGGUGCCGGACGAGGUGUUCGUGGUGCCGCAGAAGGUGACCGGCGUGGAGACCAACUCGGAGAUCAUCAGCAGCUGGCUGGAGCAGCGGAGCUCCACCUCGCAAACCGUCAACGCCGACGUCUCCUUCUUCUCCGUCCUCAACGCCAAGUUCUCCAGCGAGAACCAGCGCGUGAAGACCCACCAGGUCAAAGAGGGGUCCGUCACCACUCGCGUGCAGGUGCGUAACUUCAUCUACUCCGUGAAGGUCCACCCGGACUUCACCCUGGAUUCCCGCUUCGCCCAGCAGGCGCAGGAGAUCGCCGACGCCCUGGAGAACAACCGCACCCGGCAGGCCACGUACCUCUCGGAGAAGAUGGUGCUGGACUACGGCACGCACGUGCUGACGUCCGUGGACGCCGGCGCCACCUUGGUCCAGGAGGACUACCUGCGGGCGUCCUACGUGUCGGACAGCGAGUCGGCCCGCACGUCCAUCACCGCCUCGGCCGGCGUCAACUUCUUCAACAAGGUCAACGUCGGCGUCGGGGGCGGGGACACGCACGAGACCUCGGAGACGCGCACGUACCAGGGCAACACCACCUACUCGCUGACACAGAGCCACGGCGGCGUGCCCUACUACCCGGGCAUCACGCUGCAGAGGUGGCAGGAGAGCACCGUCAACAACCUGGUGGCCAUCGACCGCUCGGGCCUGCCGCUGCACUACUUCCUGAACCGGGCGGCCCUCCCCAACCUGCCGGAGCCCACCGUGCGGAAGCUGGCGCUGUACGUGAGCCAGGCGGCCGACCGCUACUACCAGGUCAACUCCCACCCGGGCUGCGUCAAGCCCGACUCCAAGAACUUCAACUUCCAGGCCAACGUGGACGACAACUCCUGCGAGGGCCCGGCCACCAACCUCAGCUUCGGCGGGGUGUUCCAGGCCUGCACCAUCCUCACCGCCGACGGCGGCCCCCUGUGCCAGGCGCUGGCCGAGAGGAACCCCGACACGGGCGACAACUCCUGCCGCCCGCCCUACACCCCCACCCUGCUGAGGUCGGAGGUCAGGGAGGAAGCCUACAGCAAGUACGAGUGCCACCGCCAGUGCCACAGUUGUUGGAUCUUCGCCACCUGCUGCAAGCAGGUUUGUGGGGAUUCCUACCACGUUCGGAGGGUGCAGGUGGACACCUACUGGUGCUCCACCACCAGCGGGGUCGGUAGCCUCUCGGGGUUCCUCUUCGGGGGGUUGUACGGCCCCACCCUCCAGAACCCCCUCACCAAGUCCCACAGCUGCCCCCCAAGCUUUUUCGAACAGAAGUUCCUCUCCGACGGAGUGAAGAUCUGCCUGAGCAAGGACUACGAGACGGCGACCCGCUUCGCCGUCCCCUUCGGGGGGCUGUUCAGCUGCAAAUCUGGCAACCCCCUGGCCCGGGGCAAGCUGCAGUGCCCGCCGCAGUUCAGCCAGCACACGGUCGCCAUUAGCGACGGUUGCCAGGUUCUGUACUGUGUGCAGUCGGGCCUGUUCACGGGCGGGCAGCUGCUCCCCGUUCGCCUGCCCCCCUUCAGCCGCCCCCCCCUUGUUGGCAUGAUCGCCACCAACACGGUUGCCGUGAUGACGGAGGGCGAGCAGGCCUGGGUCCGGGUCGGGAAGACCAAGAUGUGGAAGCUGGCCGAGCCGGGAGAGCUCGAGAAGAUGGGGAAGAUGUUCGACGGGUCGUCCUCCCAGCUGUCGGGAGGUGAGACCUUCGGGAUCAUCGUGGGCGCCGUCAUAGCGAUCGUCGUUGUCGUUGGCGCAGCCGCGUUCCUGCUGAGGAGAAGGAGAGGGGGCGGGCUGACACAGAGGAGAGGGUACGAGGAGUUUCACAGCGAGGGAACGGCUGAGUCACCACCAGGGGGCGAUACGGUGGUGGAGGCGGAGCCCGAGAGAGGGAACGAAGACCAAGCCCAGCCCCUGCUGCCAUGAGGGGCGUCGGUCAGGUGCAGGACCAAAAAAACAAAAACAAAUAAUCAUCAAAGGAGAGCUCAAAGUUUUAAUAAGUGAAUAAUUCCUAACGACUGAUAAAACUCUUUUUUCUCUGUUUUUUGUGAUCUAUAGACAGCAUCGAAGGGUGUUUGUACUGAAACGCUGUGCCUUUCGCAUAUGUAGGCGACGUUCCUGACGGUGACCCGACUAACACACAAAAUGAACGCCUGUUGCAUUUGCACUGCUGUUGUAAUAAUGUCAUAAUUUUUGAAGAGCAUUAAACUUUCAGCUGCUUUACUGAAUUGCACAAUUUAUCACGCAGUUUAUCACACAUGUUAAAACCAAGGCAGUGGCAUUUCCACCACUGUUCAUCUUUCUUCUGAUUAAAAGGUUUUAAAAACAAUGGA